AUGCAUACUCACCCUUUCUCAUACAUAUCCUCUUGUCCUGGCAGCAGUGCCUUCUUGGAACCUCAUCAUCAUCAUCAUCAUCAAGAGGAUGUGGAUGAAGACUCCAUCUCUCUCUCUCUUGGUCCUCCUGGCCAACAACACAACCCCAAAGGUACUUCCUCCUCCUCCUCUAACCACCCUUCCACUCUGCACCAUUACCAGCAUAACCCUACCUCUGAUGACCAGAGAGGUGUCACUGUGGCCCUUCACAUUGGUCUUCCCAAUACCGCUUCAACAAUCAGUCCCACCCCCACUAGCAAGCCUGAUCUUCAUUUGACCUCGGCUCCCAUUCAGGGCCAGUACUGGAUCCCUUCUCCUGCUCAAAUCCUCAUUGGACCCACCCAGUUCUCUUGCACUGUCUGCAACAAAAUGUUCAACCGUUUCAACAACAUGCAGAUGCACAUGUGGGGACACGGUUCACAAUAUAGGAAAGGACCUGAAUCACUAAGAGGGGCAAAACCAGCUUCUUCAAUGCUGAGGCUUCCUUGUUAUUGUUGUGCUGAAGGUUGCAAGAACAACAUAGACCAUCCAAGGUCAAGGCCACUGAAGGAUUUUAGGACUCUUCAGACUCACUACAAGAGGAAGCAUGGAGCAAAGCCUUUUGGGUGCAGAAAAUGUGGCAAGCCUUUUGCUGUGAGAGGGGAUUGGAGGACACACGAGAAAAACUGUGGUAAGCUUUGGUUUUGCAUAUGUGGCUCUGAUUUCAAGCACAAGAGGUCUCUGAAAGACCAUGUUCGUGCCUUUGGUGAUGGCCACGCUCCACACACGGUGGAGAGUUGCGAUCAGAUUGGGGAGGAUGACUUGUUAGGUGAUGAAGAUGAUGAGGAAUUAGAAUUAGAAGAUGAUGAUGAAGAUUAUAACAGUAAUGAAGUGGUUUUUGACACCGAACCUUUGUCUGUUGUCUCUGAGAGAGAAGGGUGCGAGAAGAUGGAGACAAACAGUGAAAUGAAAGCUAAGGUUCUUGCAUUUAAUGCCAGAAGUGGCAGUCUUAUCUAA